AGAGAGGACGUUCCCAGGGUGCCGUGCGGCAGGCGGCGAGCCAUCUUGCAGUGAGGGGGAGAGGGAGAGGGAGAGCGGGGAGACCGGGCGCUGCGUGAGAGGAACCCCCGGGAUAAAUUAAUAAAGGAGCCCCCCCCUUUUAUUUAAAACCUUCCCCCCCUCCCCUUCCCCCGGCCUGUGCAGCCAGCUGCCGGGGCGGGUGUGCGUUUAGCGAGCGUGUGGGUGAGUUAGGUGAAGGCCCCGGCUCCGGGCGGGGAGCCUCCUCCCUCCUCUCCUCCCCCCUCACCCUCACCCUCCUCCUCCCCCCUCACCCUACCUCCCUCCCCUCCUCUCCUACCUCCCUCCCCCUCCUCCUACCCCCCUACCUCCCCUCCUCACACCGUCGCCGGCCCCAUUCGCACGGGGAGACCAAGGUGGUUGGACGAUGGCAUCGCUCGGCUGCUCCGGCUAGUCAGGACAAGCAGCCUUUUCCCCCUCCCUCCCUCCCUCCCUCCCCUCUCUCCCCGCCGGCCGGCUCGCGCUCUCUCUCUCUCUCUCUCCCUCCCCCAGGCAGCCGGGGGCCCGAGCUCCCCUGCCCCCCGGGUGAGGAGGAGGAGGAGGAAGGCGCUGCUUGGUGCUGGGGGAGGGAGAGGGGGAGGAGGAGGAGGAAGAGGAGGGAGGCAGGCGGCGUUUCAUCUGCGACACCGGCCCGGUCUUCCAUUCUUUUUCUGGAAGGGGGGUGGUGGGAAAGAGAGACCAGUUAGAGUAGCGGCUGAAUUCCUUUUCUCCCCCCCCCCCUUCCCCUCCGGGUAGGGCAGGAUCUCGGAGCCCGACUCUGUCGCACCCUUCCCCUCCACCCCACCCCCCCCUUCCCUCCCUCGGACCCGAAGGUUGGGAGGGGGGUAGUUUCAGCCGGGUGGGGGGAGCCGAGCCGGUGAGAUGUGAAGAGGCGCCGUGACUGAACGACGAGCUGGAGUCACCCACACACGUUGCCCGAGCUGCCGCAGCGGAGGAAAAGUGGAAGGACAGGGCGAGAGACGCGACCCUAACACACCUCGUCCGAGCGGAAAAAAAACCCAGCGAGGAGUAGCAGACAUGGACACUCUCCACGGCUGUCGCAGCGUGUGAGAGCAAAGGGGGGGGGGGGGGGGGGAGGAUUUAAAACAAAACCCUCUUACCUACAGGACAACCUACAAACUCUUGGAGAUUUAUUUGCCUAAUUAUUAUCAUUUUCUGUUGGGAUAUUUCCACUGCAAGGAGAAGAUGGUCUCUCUGGCCGUCUGUGAAUUAUUAUAGAACGAGGGUGUUUCAGCAACACUUCAAGCAGGACCACAGACUUUAUACUCGGUUUUACAGCCUUUGAGCGGCGGAGGGGAGGGAAGGGAUCCCGUGUUGUAGCUAUUUAUUGCCGUUCAAGAUGCCGGUGAAAAAGAAGAGCGGAUUCCAGAUCACCAGUGUGACCACGGCUCAGGUGGCGGCCAGCAGUAUCACCGAGGAUACCGAGAGCCUGGAGGACCCGGACGAGUCCCGCACCGAGGACAUCUCCUCCGAGAUCUUCGACGUUUCGUCCCGGGCCACGGACUAUGAACACGCCGAGGUGUGCGACCGCAGCUCGUCCGACGAGACCCUCAACAACGUGGGCGAGGCGGACACCCCCGGGGCGCUCUCGCCCAACAUCCCUCACGACCGGGAAACUUUCGGAGGCCGGCUCCCCGGGGCAGGAGGUGGGGGUGGGACGGUCACCCCGGUGCCUGCCAGCGGGCCCGUCUCCGGGCCCGCCACCGCUCCGGGAGCCACGCCGCCCGCCUCCACGUCGGUCAGCGGCACCUCCGCCGGAGGGCUGGCCAUGAUGCAGCCGGCGGUGGCUUGCACCUCGCGGUUCAGGGUGAUCAAGCUGGACCACGGCUCGGGCGAGCCUUUCCGCAGGGGCCGGUGGACCUGCACCGAGUUUUACGACCGCGAUUCGGACGGCACGAUGCUGGCGAGGUCGGCCGACAGCAUCAGACACAACAGCAGCAGCAGCAGCAGCGUCGCCUUGGAGCAGCAGCAGUGCGCCGACAGAGACAGCGGCCUAGGGGCCACGGCUACCUCCCUUCAGUCCGUGCACGGCACCGACUCCCCGGCUGACAUUUCCAUCAGCGCCGCGGUAACGCAAUUAGCUCAGACCGAUGUGAUCAACCAACACCAAAGUUUCGCGAAGGGCCAGCAGUCCACAAGCGGGCUUCCAGUGACUCAAGCUGCAUCCGGCACUCAGAUCUAUACUUCUGCGGUGGGUGCCCAGCAGCAUCAAUCGCAGAACAGCUUGGGGCAGCUCAGUGUUCUGCAAACGGGGAUUAAUGGCAUGGCCAUUCAUACAGCCAGUGCAUCAAGCUCCCAGACUAAUGUAGCUGCUAAUGUUCAUGCUUCGCAAACUCAGCAGUUUCAGUUUUCUCCGAUUCCACAUUUACUGCCAUCUCAAUCCACUGUUCUGAACAGCCACACAGAAUAUAUGCAACAUCUGCCGGCCAUGCACGGUCUAGGAACUGUACAGCAAUCUUCACCAGGUACAGUAAUUCAGAACACCGCAGCUAUGAGCCUUCCUGCUGGUCAAGUGACAAGUCAGGGUCCUUCACCAGUGAUGCAGUCACCUGCCAGUGGGACACAGGUGGUAGGAGUGCCAGCCCAGAGCAGUGAUUUGGACAGUCAGAGUGGCCAAGGGAAACAAAAUGCUCGGCCAGGUCCUACAAAAGGUUUGAUCUUACAGCAGCAAAGUUUGGGGUCAUCUGCUGUUCAGCAACAACAUUUAACCCAACAGCAUCAAGCUCUGGGUCUGUCUGGAAUGGUCAGUCAGGUGUCUGGGUUACCUACUGUGGCUGCUGGCAUCCAAAAUGUGCCUAGUACUGGUGUUUCAAGUGUGCCUGCUGUGGUGCCUAGUGUAUCUGCUACGUCUGUUACAAUGCCAAGUGUUCCAGCAACAAUGGUUCAAUCCCAGCAAAGUACCCAGAUACCAAUGACUGGGAGUACUGGCCUAAUACAAUCUGGGCUUCCUCCUGCGAUGCAAGGUUCAAUCAACUUAUCUUCAAUCGUGUCACAGACCAACCUGCUUCAGACACAGCAAGGUACAGGUCACCUAGAAGAGAGACGGAAUUCAGAGCAGCUUAUACCUCAGACUUCUCAGUCUGGUGAAAGCAAGUCCUCCAUGAAGCCUCUUAUUCCAGAAAUUCUUGGUAACCCUUUGAAUUUGCAAGUGGCCAGCCCAAUGAACAGCCUCACAAAUUCUGUGUUCUCAAUACAAAUCGAUGGAGAUGAAGACAGGAAUCCAUCUGCUGCUUUCUACCGAGCUUUCCCUGUAAACAAGUCUCGGGAUGCAAAGAACCUCUACGAUAGUGCUUCAGGAGCUAGUGUGGUAGCAAUUGACAACAAAAUAGAACAGGCCAUGGAUUUAGUGAAGAGUCAUCUGAUGUACGCGGUGAGAGAAGAAGUGGAAGUCUUAAAGGAGCAAAUCAAAGAGCUGAUUGAAAAGAACUGUAUACUCGAAAGAGAGAAUUCACUAUUAAAAUCACUAGCGAACAAUGACCAGCUGUCUCAGCUUCAAACCCAGGUGACCAAUCUCAGUAGCACUUCACAACCACAGCAGCCGACAGCAGUAGCACAACCUCAACAAAGCGCACAACAGACGCAGCCUCCUCUGCAGCCUAAUGUUCCUUCUGCAUGAAAAUUGCUCGCCUGCAUAGGAAAUACUUCAGAAAAAAAAGAAAAAUCCUGUCUCUGUGUGCCACUGGUGUUCUUACCACUCUCCAUUGAACAGCAAAUAGCCAUGCUUAAAUGUGUUUUUUGCUCCUUGGCCUUUUCAGUAUUAGACAAUCAUCUGCAAGAGCUUUCUGCGUGUGAUGUCCCAGUUGGCAUCAGCAAGUGUGUGACUGCACAGUGAGAGGUGGUUGAAGGAUCUGUAUCUUGUUGGAGGAAAGCUGAUUUUCAUCAGGUUUUUGGACAAGUGGGUACCUACAUCUUUCUGGCUUACUGAGGUUUUUAUAUAUAUAUAUAAAUAAUAUAUAUAAAACAUAUUAUAGGAAUCUGUAGGCCAUGAGCCUUUUCUGUCUAACAUCAAGAUCCUGUUAGCAGCUCUGUUCGAAAAGAGCCACUGUUCUAGUAACUUUUUGCAUACAUGAAUUUUCAUUUACUGUUUGUUUUUAUUUAUUACAGGGCUGCUAUUUUCAUAUGUAAAUGAACAAUGUCACAGAAUCUUUUUUUUUGUAAGUUUGAAAUUAAAAGAUAAGAUUACUGGUAAAAGCAAGCGAUAGUUGGGAUUGCAUAUAUUAGUUUAAAAAAUAUAUAGGCAAUAAAAUUCAAAAAAAAAAAUCCUGGCUUGAGUUCUAACACUAAUGGCAGUUUUACCUUGGGGGUUUUCUUCUGUAAUAGUUGAAUCCCGAUUUGAAUGUAAAUUUUGUAUAGUGUGUAAGUAUUGUAAGGAAGACCAUAGCAGACAUGUACAAGUAGGCACCAGACAUUGCGACUUAAGACCUUGAAAGGAUAUUUGGGCUUUUUUUUGGAUAAAGAAAAAUAAACUGUGCUCACUUCUGUUGCUGAUUUUCUUUCUGAA